AGUGCCAGUGGCAAACUCAUACCAUAUUACAAGAUGAGCGAACUCAUCUGAAUCGUCCACAUGUGAUGUACGUCCAGUAGGCUCAUCAGAUGGUCUUGUCAGAAGUCGCACGACUUGAGGGGGAACUCACUACGACGUGUACGUAGGCACCUAUACAUCCGUGAACGAGGGGGGAAAAAGCGAAACCGAGAUCAAUGUUGUACGUGACGUGAGCGAAGAGAUUGCGAAGAGCGCAGUAUGUCUGUUCCAGUGGGAGCCUCAUCGUGCAUGCAUAAUAAGUGAUGAGAUGGCGAUAUAGAGCAAAGUAAAGACAUGAUAGAGACAAGGCAUGGCGUGCUGCUGCGUGCCGCGUAGAAGAGCCCUCGUCAUUGUUCGCGUGGCUUCCUGCGAUCUGGUUCGUGGCGCGCAAUUAUGGUGAGAGGCGUGAUUGGCUGCGUUGCGCCAUAUUUCCUUCGCUAUUGUGGCGCGCCGUCGAUCCAUCGCAACGACGGACGCCGGGCCCGUGUUGGCGAGCGACCGACUGGGCGCCCGCGGGCUGGCGAGUGGCCUGCUAAAGAAGUGCCAGGCGGGCGCGGAGCGGCCUCGUGGUGCCGGAGGCUGGGAAAACGCCCCCGCGCUGUGGGUUCUCACCGGCGUGGAGACGAGAGACGGAGCCAG